UUUCCCUUUCUUUGCUUGCUGCUUUAGCAGGCAGUGACAGAUGGAUAAGUUGUCUUUGAUGUACUGCAUUACAAACAUAACCUAGCGGACUACCCACGUUCUAAAGAAAAGGAAGCGAACAGACCAAAUUAAGUUUGAGAGCAUCGAAUGGAUCGCAGAACUAUUUCGAAAAACUAUAGUUUAUACCGCGUAGUUAACGCACGCUGCUGGUGUUUUGUUCGAUCAGCAGUUGUUCAUUGGCUAAAGUUGACUUGAGUGGCUCGAUUGUUGUUAGGCGUGUCCAUGGAAUUGUUCUGUAUGGAUUAUACAGUAGAUGUCACUGAUUGUCACGGCCCUAACUCUAACGAAAGUGAUAUAACUGCAAAUCGUCCGGCCGAAAAUGACUGGUGAAGUGCGUCUACUAUGCAGCCUUAAAAUGCCAAAUAUUAUAACGUAGCACUGGACGGGCAUGCUAAAAAUGUUAGCGAUUUCCAUGUAAACAAUAUCAAAGUAAUAUACACCUGUAAUAUCUUGAUACGCCAUAUAUAAGCUGUAUACAAGCCGUGUUAGAUCGGACAAUUCAAGUGCCCCUGCCAGAGUCGUAUUGACGGAUGUUUAUUUGCCACCGGACUAAGACUUAAUGGCAAUGGCGGCAUCGGAUACACCCGCAAACGUCACCGGUGGAAAAGGUCAACUGAACACGACGUACAUUAGCGGCAGAGUGGAUGAGGUAAACUUGGCGUUUGGAGGCUCGCACCUAAUGCUUUUCCAGCAAGAUGUCCCGUUAGGACUUGAGGUACACAAUAUGCUGUCCUCAUCGUCUCUGACACCAGUCGGGAUGAUCGCGAAAACUGCGGAGCUCUUUGGUAGAUCCGCCCUUCCUACAUCAAUAGGACCGAAAGAUCCAUCACAGUUCCUCAUUCCUCUGUUCCACCACUCACAACUGGAUAUUGUCGAGACAAUUAUAACUCAACCACGGCCAGGCAGUUUUACUAGGAGUUUCCAGAUUAACGGGGAAGAUAUGAGUGCGCUUUUUUUACUCAACCUUACAACUAUUUAUAUGGGGUCACCACGAAGUCGUAUUCUUGCAAACGUAAAAGACCGUUCAGGUGACUGUAUCGCUGUGUUUCGCGGCCCAGAAGGGAGUCAGGGAUGUGUGUGCUGCUGUACACGCUGUUCCCAAAAUCGCCUAGUAAAUACGAACCUUCACGCUACUCAACGAAGGAGUACUAUGUUCCAUAACCCUCAACAGUCUCUCACAGUAGAGUCUCCACCCGGACACGUCAUUGGACAUAUUGCGCUACAUCACGAUUUCUACGGAGUUUACAAUGAGGGCAUGCUACAAUUGCUCUAUAGUAUACCGUUUAAAGCCAAUAAUGGAUCGGGCUCUCAUACCGUAACAUCCGUUGGUGCCGGAAGACAGACAGGUACGAGUUCAGACAGUAGAAACAAUCGCGAACAGGGUUGCAUCUCUCGAUGUGACGGCCCUCAUAGCGCCCUCAAGAUCAAUAUUCGACUACCGCAUGGCACGCAUUCAUCAGAUCAUAAGCUAUUACUUGUCGCGACAGCAAUUUGCAUGUUUGGGGUACAAACAGAACGAAUCCCUCGACCUCUGGAAUGGCUUGGAUGCAUUCGCGUACGUAACGUACUUGAAGAAGGCUUUUGCUAGUAACCACUUUCUGCCAAUCAGAGUCUUGCUAGUAUGGCAGUACGUUCCUAUGGUAGAAACCUAUAUCAACAGCUAAAAUCUUACAAAGAUUAGUUUAAAUUUAAGGUGAAAGCUUGAUCUAGUUAUGCGUUUAAAUUUUAAGCAAAUACAAGCGACGAUAAACAUCUCACGUGAAAGUAUCGUCAGAGUAUUAAUGAAUCUGGUGAAAGGAAACGCCAUGGAGAAAGUUGUUUACAAUAAUGCUUACUUUUAGUAAGUUUUAUGUUUGAUUGGAAGGAAGUACAUGUUACUAUACGCUUUUGUCCAUUAGCCAAAAAUUCGAAUUUAAGCUAUUGGCUGAUCAGACCAGCAUUUGUCUGAUUUGGAGAAUAAACUAUUAGCAGAUAGGGCUAACUGAA